AUGUCAAGCAAAGUGCAUCACAGAAGAACAAAUGUAGAAGAAUUGAAAACCACUUCAACAGUUUUGAUGGACGGUACAUUCGAAUACUGCUGCCAAUUUUUUAAGCAGCUUUUCACAAUAUUUAUUGUGAAAAACGGACAUUAUGUUCCAGUCUUGUUUUGUCUUCUCCCCAACAAAACGGAGGCGACAUAUGAGUGUCUGUUUAAGAAAAUAAGGAUUAUGAUUGGAAAUGAUUCUCUGGCAGAAAUAAUGGUCGACUUCGAAAUCGCCAUCCAUAAUGCUCUUAACAAAACUUGGCCAAGAGCGGACAUAUUUGGUUGUCGGUUCCACCUGACGCAAAGUUGGUUUCGAAAGGUACAAAACCUUGGAUUGGCCACUGUGUAUCGAAGCCCUGACAUCAACAACGUAGAAGAGCAAGAGGCUUCGAAAUGGCUCCACAGAAUUUUCGGUCUUCCAUUUUUGAGCCCCGAAGAUGUUGGCACUUGCUUCGUUGAAGACUUCAUGACAUCCAUUCCACAGGGCCAGAAAUUUGCCAGAUACGCCGAUUACCUCGUGGAAAACUAUAUCGAGGAGGAAUCUAAAUUUCCUCCAAAAAUGUGGGCCUCUUUCACGAAAAACCAUGUUACAACCAACCCGUGUGAAUCGUUUCACUCACGCUUCAAAAAAAAACUUUUACCAUGCUCACCCUGA